AUGGGUGAAAUUUCAUUGUAUAAUGCCGUAGAUGGCAGUGAGACGUUUUCACCCUGCUGCAUUAUCCAUGGGAAAGUCAGCAAGCCACAAACAUCUGUUGUGGAGGUGCGUAAUCUUGAGUUUCCCCCCUUGCGGUUUCCUGUCAAUGCCUCUGUUUUCAAAUGUGUCGUUAUGUUGAGUCCCGGAGAGAAUAAACUUACCUUCACUAGUGACCAGGGCGAACGAAAGACAAUCACGUUGCGAUACACAUCACUAUCGCAGAAUUUGCCCAUUCACAUGUGUCUUUUGGUGGCCAAAGACUCGCCGCUGGUUUUCGACUCACCACGUUCCCAGCGGGACAAAGAAGGGGGGAACAACCUGGAACUUGCCUGUCGUAAGCUUAGAGUGGGUACUAGGUUAAUGCAGGCGUUCACAGCCGAGCAAAUGCUACGCAAUGGGUUUGGGCCCCGUACUUUCGGUGUGGUGGAAGAAUAUGCACUUGACACUUCAUUUCAGAACUCUUGCAUGCGCAAUAGGGUCAAGAUCCAUAUCGUGCGUUCCGACAAAACCGUGAAAGAGCUACGGGAUCCAAAUUUGGCUCAACAGAAUCCCAAUGCUUCGGACGCGGGUGGGCUAUUUGGUAUCGCCAUGGAUGCCUUGCGCAACUAUGGAGGUCCUUUUGCGUGCCACGAUGGAAACCCCGUGCAAGCUGCAGUAAUGUUUCUAGAUACGCAUUGGGAUCCCAAAUUGAAGCUGAUCACAGCACAUGCAGCCUUAGGUGGUGGUGAUGACCAUAUCAAACUCGCUAUCUUUGGAUCGCAUGGCCUUUACUCCUGGCCAACUUGUAUGGAAAGCGUAAUCUCGUAUUUUACUGACGAGACUCGCUGUUCCGAAUCUGAAGUCGCAAAUGACUCCAGAGACUGUGGAUCUCAUUGGGAAUGCUUUACUUUAACGUUAGGCGCUUUCAUGCACGAAAUCGGCCAUCUUUUAGGCAGUCCUCACCAAGAACAUGGUGUUAUGCUUCGUGAUUAUGUUCGACUCAAUCGCUCAUUUCUUACCAAGGAGGCUUUUUCAACGAGAACUAAUUCAAAUGGCGCUUCACCUCCCAUAUAUCCAAGGGAAGAAUGCGCGUGGCAUAGAAUUGAUGCACUAAAGUUUUUGAACCAUCCUUCAUUCACGACCCCACAGGACUACGCCGAUAGCUCUCUGAUGCGGCCCUCAGUAAUUGGUGGUCAUAAAAUUUCUUCCCCUUCUGUUUAUGUGCUUCCUAACAACUGCUGUUUGCUUAGAUCUGAAAGUGGCAUAUUCUGUGUUCAAUUGAUAUGCGGAGAUCUAGCACGCGCAUUCAUUGAAUACCUUCCAAUAUCCAUAGGCGGUACGGGCCCUCAAAAGGAAAUUUUGUUAUCCCUGGACGAUUUAAGAUCUCGCAUCCCACCUGAGCAGCUCGCAGAGUAUCGUGAUACGUUUAAGUUGAAAGUCUGCGCUCUGAACUCUCCAGAGGCCGAAUGGGAAUCGUUCCCGCAAUUUCUACAAGCGCCACAAAUAUCAAUGGCUCGAUACGGCUUCUCUUCUAAUGUUAUGGGCAUGAAGUCAGUUCUAUACGGUUCAGCUGAAGGGGGAGAUGAUGCUGGAAUAGUUGCAUUCGAUGGUACCAAGGUUGGGUGUGUGAGAGUUUACCACGGUGCAGCGCUCGAUGGCCUUAGAUUUUUUUUAAACAGGGAGAAUGUUGAUGCCAAACCGCCUCCUGUUCCACCUAGAUCCUACAUGAGUAAAAUCACCAACGCCAUGAAAAGCGUCCAAACACAAGGUAGAGGUGGGCCUAGUGUACUAUUCGGUCAUGAAACAAACUCAUACACGGAUAUUUUCCUGGACAACGACGAGUAUUUUCGUGGUUUCGACAUUCGAUCUGGCUGUUAUAUAGAUGGAAUAGGCAUCAUAACCAAUAAGCAUCGUUCCGGGAAAAUUAUGGGGAAUGCAAAUGGAGGAAGUGGACAUCAAAUUUUAGUACCGGGUGGCCAAGAAAUCCUAGGUGUUUUCGGGAGAGUAGGCCAAUGGGUAGACGCUUUGGGUGUUGUUUACGGCACACUUCAGUAG